AUGGCUAGGUCAUCACGAGAGAAGGCAAAUCCAGCGCCCGUCGCAGAUCCAGCUCUUCGUGCUUAUCCAAAUCCAGUUCCAAACCCGCUGGUGAGGUGGGUGAAGCGCAAAAAGCUGGAACACUACCGGCUGCCUGAUUCACCAUCAGCGUCCUUUGUGCGACUUGGACUCAGGCCUGAGUUGCUGUUUCGAUGGCCAGUCACGCUGAGAGACGCUGUUCAAUACCACAACCCGUUUAUCAAGAAGGAAGAGGCGACGAAUCGAGAACUACAAGUACAAGAUGGUGCGGAAGAGAAUUCGCCAAAGUCAAAUGGCAUGCCGCUUCCCGGGGCUGCCGCCAAUGGAGCUGCACCGCCAACAGCCCCAGGCUCCCCAGGCAUUCAAGGCUUCACCAAUAACGACACCUGCCAGCAGGCGGCAACGCCUAUAGUGGCGGCGGCGGCUGACAACCGGAUCGCCACAGCCCCACGACCACAGGCGCCUCGCGAGGCAGAUGCACCCAAUGACGAGCCCCCCACCACCGCGAAUCAGGCGCCAAAGCAUGGCGAGAGCAAAGCCCUCAAGCUUCCCCCAGUCAAACCCAAAAGCCGUCUACACAGUCCAGCCCACCGUCAACAACGUCAAGCCAAAUCUAUCCUGAAGCCUGAUCCAUCUUCCGGUGUGAGAAAGAGCCAUCACGGAUCAACAGUCACGAAAUGCAGACACAAAUCUGUUACCGUCAGACUAGAGCCUGAAGUCCAGCACUUCCUCGACGAUUCUCCUGUUCCCUGUAAUUCCAACGAGGAGAAUGACCCUCCCUCUCCCUCCUACGAAAGUGGCCCUGUAAUCGACAGCGGCAGCGACAACGACAACGACGAUUCCGAGAUGGCGGACGCACCCUUUCCACCCCCGGACAAGGUGAAGCGCCCAUCCUUGAAACUCAAGUUCCCCAGUAAACCUGCAACCUCUCAAGCUGGAGGAGUUCAACCUGCACCAGUGCAGACCCCUACACCUCAAAGUGCUGUUAGGACACCAUCCAUCAAGCUCAAACUCCCAGGCACAACCACUCCUCGGACUGCCCCUGAAGAUGCUCAAAAGCCAAAGAAAAAGAAGAAAGACACAGAUACCCCCGCCGAAACACCGGGCUCCUCCUCCAAGAAACGCAAACGCGACUCACGCGCAGGCGAGGAUGAUGGUGAAGGAAGUCGGCCAGCCCCAGCACCGCCCAAACCGGCCGCACUUCGAAAACUCACGUUCAAGAAAUCCUCCCUAUCUACUCCUGCAGCUGCACCCAAAACCACGGGGACAGCACACCUGGCUUUCAAAAUCAAAGGCAAGAUCCCCAAGCGACCAUUGGGUGUAGGCUACGACUCGGAACUCGAGAGCGAAUAUCAGAACGACAAAGGCGAGACGCUUGUUGGCCGUGAAGUCGAUCCAGUCAUACACGAAGGCUUUGUUCUGCGAAUGCAACCUGGGGAGGAUUGUGAUUACUUGCGAAAAGUGAUCGAGGACGGGACAGCGAGUCAGGUACUGGCGAGAGGUGCACACGUCAAUCUAAGAAUGCUCGAUACACUAGGCAGGAGAGGGAUUUUGCAGAUCAAGGACCACAAGUACGCCACCACCCUGGUAGAUCUCCCAUGCAUCAUUGAGGGAAUGAAAUCCUGGGACAAGAAAGGUUGGAUCAAGAGCAUAGACAUUUGCCAGAUGCUAUUGGUGCUUGGCCGCUGCAACAACGAGGAGGAAGCCAGGAACUAUCCCCUCCCCGAAGAUGUUGACCCCAAGACUUAUCAGUAUGCUCAUGGCAUCACUGCCCCCAUGAAAUGGGUACGGAAGAGGCGUUUUGCAAGGACAAAACGGGCUCGUGUGGAUGAUAUUGAAGCGGUUGAGCGGAGAGUGCAUGCUCUCCUCGAGGCGGACAAGGCGGCCCUCAGCUCCAAGUAUCAACUUCUGGACCAUGAUCCGCGCCUCGACGAACAAGGAUACAGCACCGAACUGGAAGAAGACGAAGAUGCAGAGGGCGAACCAGAGGAUUACUUCGACAUACCGCCCGGUGUGCAUGGUUCUAUGGUAGAAACACCCAUGCUUACUGAGACUCCUGUCCAGGAGGAAGUGGGUCAAGAGGAUCUCGAUGCGCUUGAGCGCAUGUUCUUUGACGAGGAUGCCGCUCCUUCCACAGACACUGCCGCACAAGCUCGGAGUACCUUGCAUCCUCCUGAAGCGGGCGGCGACUCAUCUUUCGCAGUAACUAGCACAUCAGCGUCCCCGUCUAUGACGGCAGCACAUACCCCCGUCUCAGCAGAAGCGCCAGAAGCUUCCUCUGACGAGGACGAAGACGAAGAUGCGGGUGACGAAGAUGAAGACCGCGACGAUGCCGAGAAGGAGGGCGAUGAAAACAAGCGACAAGCCAUGGAGAGAAUCGAGGACAUGCAGAACAAAAUAUCAGAGCAGAGGGAAUUGCUCAAGAAAACGACGAAUGCCAUCUUGAAAAAGAAAUUGGCGAGAAAGAUCCAAGAUCUUGAAGACGACGUUGCCAUGAUGAGGAAGAACGCCGGAUUGGGUGGAGAUGACGAUGAGGACUGA